AAUGCUACGUCACGGCGGUAAAAUUUGCGUACUUUUAGGUAUAUCGUAUAGGAGUGUGUCUUUCGCAGCGAAUUAAUAAUUGUAUUGUUUUAAAUUGAUCGCUUAAUCACCUUCCAAAGAAGAACAUACACAGUAUCUGUGUCUUUUACUUUCAAACUGUUUUCAGUUUUGACAUGAACACUGACAUUUCAUUGUGACGAAUGACAUUUGAAGUGUUAAAACCAUAAUGUGUUGGAUAAGUUGAUAUUGGCGGGAAGUAAUUACGCAAGAUGGUGGCUAGAUACAACGGCAAAGUGCUGACCAUCGUCUUCAGCACGUUGCUGCUGGGCCGGGCGAUUGCUGGUCGGGGGCACACGGAGGUACUGGUGGAGCUGCAGAUGGAGCGGUGGGUGGGGCGCGGGGGUUCAGUACGGUUACGCUGCCUGCACGACGUGCCCCCCCAUCUUCUCGACAAGGUGGUCUUCCUACGGCAGGGCACCAAGAUCUUCCAGUACAUUAAGAACCGCAAGCCGCCAUACAGAAAUUUUACCACACCCGGUGCUGUUCUCAACAUAGCCCUAGCCACAGAGAACUCCAUAAUCCUACAAAACCUGGAGCUGGAGGCGAGUGGCAGAUACUCUUGUGAAGUGUCGUUAGAAACUCCAAUCUACACGAAAGCCUCUGCUGAAAAACAGCUUACAGUUUUCCAGCCCCAGAAGCACCACCCACGGAUAGAGGUGCCCCCUCGCGAGCCGCCCCCCGCACCCCUCCGAGCCCGCUGUACCACUGCGCCCUCGGCCCCCGCGCCCCACGUCACCUGGUUUAUAAACGGCAAAAAGAUGGAUGAGCUGCUAGCUAACUCACAAAAGUACAGAGUGUCGGUGAGCGAGCGGUCUUGGGGUGGCCGAAGAGGUCCCCUAACGCAGACCAGCCCAUCACCACUUUUAACCCUUACACACAUCACGCAUCUUGCCACGCGACCGCCCGGUUGUACACAGAAAGAGAGAGAGACAGGAGGGACUACUCGGGAAGAUGCCAAUGCAGUUCAAGGAGUGAGCAGACAUAAAUGGCGACGGCGGGAAUUAUUCGUGACAGUGUCGGAGGUGACAGUGGGAGUCAGUGGACGUCUGCAGCUCACCUGUGUCAGUACCAUUCCCGAGUUUAGGAGCAUUCACGAUAAGUUCGCUGAUAUCCGGAAUGAAACUGUAAUAGUGGAAGUAGUAAAACCUUCAAAUCAACCGGAGCCAGCUUCGAAUCUGACGACGGGACAUAGCACUUCCGAUGCUUCCGCGCUCCUCACACCUCUUAUUACGCAUAUUAUACUUUUACAUCUCCUUUAUAUUAUUUGACUGUCCUUUUGCAAUAAGUAAUCUGGCUGUGAUAUACAUUCGAGAUUAAUCGCUCGGGCUUACAAAGAACGCGAGCUUCGAGGCUUCACCUAAACAUCGAUUAGAUUCAAGUACAACCUGCUGAGGGCAAUGUUUCGUAUGUAAUGUAUAAUUUCUUUAAAAAAUACAGUUUACUUUACGAUUAUUUAUAGGUAUAAUUGCUCUGACAAAUUUAUUGGUCGACUGGUGGUGACUAAUAAUCUAUAUUGUGUAUUUUAGUUACUACUGGACACAUUCCAAUAUUUUACAUGCUAAUGUAUUCUUAUGAUCAUUAGUAGUAAAAAAUAGUAAAUAUUAUUCUGGGAAGGGAGAAAGAAACGAAUUCCAACUUAAACGUGGUUUAAGGAGAAGAACCUUAUAUUGGAAUCUCACUUUCUUCUAAAUGAUAAUUUCCUAUACAGUGCUUAAUACACAUACGAAAAAAAUAAGAACGAAACCUUGAUUAAAAUAAAGUUAAUUAGUGAAAAAUAACGUAGUCAUUUUCAUUAGUUUUUUUUAUUCAAAAGUGUGUAAAUGUUACGUACUUGGAGAUUAAAGUUUUUUGUCAUGGAAAAUGAAUGAAUUUUCAAACAACUUUGUAACCCGCUCUCGGCGAUGAUGACUACACAGUACACACAUCACACUUAGACUGUUCUGUUUACAUCACUAUGAACAUUGAAUUAUUGGUUAGAAUGAUUGUCACAUUAAUGCUUG